UUACAGUGUUAGUAGAGGUGGUGAGAGUGGGUCACGGCGAUCGCUGCUGCUGCUGACUGUCCACACGCACCUGAACGAGUGUAAGAGGGAGACAGACACACGCGCGCGCCUUGCUUGGACUUUGAUACUUUCUGUGCUUUUCAAAGGGAGAGCAGAGUCGUUCUCGUUCCUCUGCGAACCGACCAACAACACUCUUCCAAAAUGAGACUCCGGUGGAUGCUCCUCGGAGUCCUCUUGUUGGCAGCUUUCGUUCUUUCACAAGAAAGCCCGAGGACAAGGUCGAGGUUCAGAGGCAGGCUCCGCGACACGCCCACCGCCGCCUCCGUCAGGAGUCAAACCACCGUCGCUAACACCGUCGGCAGGAGAAGGCUCGCCAACUCCAACAGGGCUCGAGUUAGGCCCCAGGCCCAGUCCCAGACCCGGACCUCCCCCCGCAUCAGGAGGCCCUCCCUUCCUCGCAGACCUGCGUCAAAGGACACGAGCAACGAUGUGGCCACGUCGGACAAUGGAGGACACAAGCUCGUGUGUUACUACACCAACUGGUCUCAGUACCGAGCCAAGAUCGGCAAAUUCCUGCCUGAACACAUCGACCCCUUCCUCUGCUCCCACAUCAUCUACGCUUUCGGCUACAUGAAGAAGGGUCGCCUGACGUCCUUCGAGGCUAACGACGAAUCGAAGGAUGGCAAGACAGGCUUUUACGAGCAGGUCAACGGACUCAAGAAGCAGAACCCCAAGCUGAAGACUCUGCUCGCUCUCGGCGGCUGGUCCUUCGGCACCAAGAAGUUCAAGGACAUGUCAUCCUCCCGCUACGCCCGCCAGACCUUCAUCUUCAGCGCCAUCCCCUUCCUCCGCGAGCAUAAUUUCGACGGCCUCGACCUUGACUGGGAGUACCCUAAGGGCCAGGAGGAUAAGGCCAACUUCGUCGUUCUCCUCAAGGAGCUGUACGAGGCCUUCGAGGCCGAGGCGAGCGAGACGGGCAACGAGCGCCUCCUGCUGACCGCCGCCGUCCCCGUCGGCCCGGACAACAUCCGCAGCGGCUACGACGUCCCAGCUGUCUCAAGGUAUCUGGACUUCAUCAACGUGAUGGCCUACGACUUCCACGGCAAAUGGGAGAACACGGUGGGCCACAACGCCCCCCUGUACGCCCCCUCCGUCGACUCUGAGUGGAGGCAGCAGCUCUCGGUCGACCAUGCGUCCAAUCUCUGGGCCAAGCUCGGCGCCCCGAAGGAGAAGCUGAUCAUCGGCAUGCCCACCUACGGCCGCUCCUUCACCCUCGUCAACGCCGGCCAGAACAACGUGAACUCCCCUUCAAGCGGCGGAGGAGAGGCUGGCAAGUACACGGGAGAAUCGGGUUUCAUGGCCUACUACGAGGUGUGCGAACAUCUGCGUUCGGGCGGCGAGUACAUCUGGCACGAGGAGAUGCAGGUGCCGUACAUGGUCAAGGGCAAGCUGUGGGUUGGCUUCGACGACGAGCGAGCCAUCCGCAACAAGAUGAAGUGGCUUAAGAAGGGCGGCUUCGGAGGUGCCAUGGUGUGGACUGUUGACAUGGACGACUUCACCGGGGAUGCCUGCGGCGGGGGCGUCAAGUACCCGCUGAUUGGCGUCAUGAAGGAGGAGAUGCUCGGAAUCCCUCGCGGAGGUCAAGACGUGGACUGGGCCGCCGUCACGCACACUCGUGUUGCCUCCGUCACUACCCUGCCUCCGCCCGUGGCCAUCGACCCCAUGGUUAUCAUCAAGGAAUUUAAGGAGCGCCAACAACAACAGAUUGCUUCGGCCACCGAAAGAAUCGACAUCAUUCCCGAGGUUCCUCGCAACGCACCCAAGAUCCUGUGCUACUACACCUCCUGGUCCGUCAAGAGGCCCGGCGCCGGCAGGUUCGAGCCCGAGAUGCUGGACGCUUCGCUGUGCACCCACGUCAUCUACGCCUUCGCCGGAAUGAAGGACUACCGCCUGUCGCCCGGGGAGCCCACCGACAUCGGCGACGGAUUCAAGGAGGGAACUUACACGCGGCUUAUGAAGCUCAAGGAGAAAAAUCCUAGCCUUAAGAUCAUGCUGGCCCUCGGAGGCUGGGCGUUCGGCUCCAAGCCCUUCCAGGAGCUCACGGAAAACCAGUUCCGUAUGAACGGCUUCGUGUACGACGCCCUGGAGUUCCUCCGCACGCACGAGUUCGACGGUCUGGACAUUGACUGGGAGUAUCCCCGAGGAGCUGACGACAAAGCCAACUACGUCAACUUCAUCCGCGAAUUGCGUCUUGCCUUCGAAGGAGAGGCCGAGUCCACGGGUCACUCAAGGCUCCUCCUAUCGGCCGCUGUCCCUGCAUCCUUCGAGGCUCUGGCCGCUGGUUAUGACGUCCCAGAGCUCAGCAAGUACCUGGACUUUAUCAACAUCAUGAGUUACGAUUUCCACGGUCAGUGGGAAAACCAAGUUGGACACAACGCUCCUCUCCUGCCCCUCGAGACGGCUUCCUCCUACCAAAAGAAGCUCACUGUAGAUUUCAGCGUAAGGGAGUGGAUGAAGCAAGGCGCCCCGGCCCAGAAGAUCAUGGUAGGAAUGCCAACCUACGGCCGUUCAUUCACCCUCGCUAACAUAAGCCAGUUCGACAUUGGCGCUCCAGCAAGCGGAGGCGGUAGCGCGGGCCGCUAUACCCAGGAGACUGGAUUCUAUUCCUAUUAUGAGGUGUGUGACUUCUUGUUUGAGGACGACACAACCCUCGUGUGGGACAAUGAACAACAGGUUCCCUUCGCUUACCGAGGAGACCAGUGGGUGGGCUUUGAUGAUGAGCGUUCUCUGGAAGUCAAGGUUGACUGGCUGAAGACGGAGGGCUUCGGUGGCGUCAUGGUGUGGAGCGUCGACAUGGACGACUUCCGCGGCAACUGCGGCACCGGCAAGUACCCUCUCCUCACCACACUCAAAGAAAACCUCUCAAACUACAGCGUGGCGCUCACCUACGAGGGGCCCUACGAGAACACUGGCACCCUGGAUGGCACCAGCGCCAAGCGUGAUCCCAACGAGGUGGUGUGCGCCGAGGCGGACGGCCACAUUAGCUACUACCCGGACAAGCAGGACUGCACGCGCUACUACAUGUGCGAGGGCGAGAGGAAGCACCACAUGCCGUGUCCCGUGAACCUGGUCUUCAACUACGACCAGACGGUGUGCGACUGGCCCGAGAACGUGCCCGGCUGCGAGACCGCCAUCCCCGCCGGCCGGUGAGCUGCCCGGGACGCGAAGGACGGGGUGCCGCUUCGACAAUUUAAACUGCAUAAAAAAGUAUAUAAAAUUAAUGUGAAUGCUGUUGUGUCUGUCAAUGGCUGGAAUAGUUAGGGAUCUGUAUGAAGAGAGAUGAAUAUAUGUCCGAGGUUAUUAUGUAUAUCGAAAAAGCAUACAAAAAAACAUAAUGAUCAGGCAGUUCUA